ACCGAAGGGCUUCCGUAAAACUACUUUUGGUAAAAACUAUUUGUCUUUCGUUAGUUUCUACCGGACCCGAGGUUUGGUAGCUUCCUUCGGUGCAAAAAAUGUAAAAAAUGCAGUUUUGACCAACUUUUCUUUUCAUCAGAGAAACCGCUUUUAGUUGUUGCUGAACGCAGAAAUGGCCCGUUUGGCUCUUCUGGUCAUUUUUUCCACGCUGUACAUGUGUGCUACUGUCCAUGCUCUACCACUGGACUGUCUCAGGCGACAACUAGAACAGUUAGAAGAGCUUCACGAGAGAGCAGAGGCACAUGGCGACCUGAGUGAUCAUGACGGACCGGACGUGGCGGUGAUUUCUACAAGACAAGAAUUAAGAACUAGGACCUAUCUACUGCUGAAAGACCUGGAACAGAUCGUGGAAGCCACAAAAGUGCACCAAGGAAAACCAAAAGAGCACAACAUCGACAAACCAGACGAGAAUUCACUGAAUAAACUAGAAACGUAUAAAGAUGAAAAGGAAACCGUCAAUAUUGAAGGUACCAGUGACAAGGAAAUAACAGUGGAAGAUGACAUUGAAUAUCUUGACCAAGUCGCAAAACCACAAGUUGUGGAGUCAGGGAGUGCGUUGAAGACAGACGUGUAUCCCCUGGACGCCACAACUGACUGUAUAAACACAACAUCGGCCCCGGAUGACACCACCGAAGAAACAUCCAAAGAGCAGGCUGGUGUGGAGGCGAAUCAAGAGAUGUUCACUGAGAAAGAAGAAGGGAUGUCUGAAACUGAACUGGUGUACACCGAGGCAGACAUGGGGGAACUGGAGACUGCUGCUGAAGAGGUAGAAAUGAAAGACCAGACUGUUGCAGAAGAGACGGCUGCAGAAGAAGAGACGGCUGCAGAAGAAGAGACGGCUGCAGAAGAAGAGACGGCUGCAGAAGAAGAGACGGCUGCAGAAGAAGAGACGGCUACAGAAGAAGAGACGGCUACAGAAGAAGAGACGGCUACAGAAGAAGAGACGGCUACAGAAGAAGAGACGGCUGCAGAAGAAGAGACGGCUGCAGAAGAAGAGACGGCUGCAGAAGAAGAAGAGACGGCUACAGAAGAAGAGACGGCUACAGAAGAAGAGACGGUUGCAGAAGAAGAGACGGCUGCAGAAGAAGAGACGGCUACAGAAGAAGAGACGGCUACAGAAGAGGAGACGGCUACAGAAGAAGAGACGGCUACAGAAGAAGAGGCGGCUACAGAAGAAAAGGCGGCUACAGAGGAAGAGACGGCCACAGAAGAAGAGACGGCACAGGAGGCUCCCACCAUAGGCGAGGCUGACAUAGAAGAAGAGGCAGGUACAGAUGAAGAGUACCCCACAGAUAAUGCGGAUACCGCAGAAGAGGUCGUCGAAGAAUUAGAAGCUGCUGCAAAGGAAAAGCUUUCUGCACAGGAGCCCGUUACAGAAGCUGGAUCAAGUGAAACGUCUUCAGAUCUGACGGGUACAAACGUAGAGGCUACUGCAGGGGAUGGAGAAGCUACGGAAGAGUCCAUUAUAGAAAGGGAGGAUGCAGGGCCAGAGGACGUUAAGGAGAAAGACGACGCUACAAACGACAAGGUGGCAACAGAGUCUGUUACAGAGGAUGGGACCACUGCAUCAGAAGCUGACUUUCCAAAGUUACUGAAGGAGUCCAUGCAGGUGCUGAAGGACCUGGUCAGCAAAAUAAAAGACGACAAGAACACCCGAUAGUCAACAAGGCGGCUGCAGGCUGUUCAAGACUGGCUUGGACAAACACAUUGCUUGUUUCGGCUUGUAGAUAUAGCACAGUAUGUUUGUCAUCCAUGUACAUUGUGUAACAAAUCUUGUAUUAUAGAAGCGUGUUUUUCGUUAGGCCACAGCAAGUAAAUUUCCUUGAACUUAUUUCCUUGAACAUAUUUAUCUUCUAUCCACGUUCCGGCAUGGCAACAGACAUCUUUGCCCACUUUCGGCAUGCUGACCACUGUCAGAGG